AUGUUAGCAAUCCUUCUUUACUUAUUCACAAUCCCGAUCCGAAGUGUUGAGACGUUUAGCGAUGACUUCAGUCAGUUUCCGAUUUAUUGGAAUCUCCAUACUCAGCAUUGCUAUCAUCAUAACAUUAGCAUACCACUAGACGAAUAUGGCAUUUUGUACAACGAAGGUCAUUCCUUCAGAGGCGAUAAUGUUGUGAUUUUCUAUGAGUAUUCAUUCGGAAGGUUCCCUUACUUCAAGAACUACAAUCUAUCUGAGGCUGUGAAUGGCGGUAUGCCUCAGCUUGUCGAUAUCGAAGAACAUCUAUUCAAAGUUGCGGAACAUGUAAAUGAAAAUAUCCCACACGAAGACUUCGGUGGGAUAGCCGUGAUUGAUUUCGAAGAAUGGAGACCUCUUUUCUCGUUGAAUUGGGGCUCGAAGAGAAUAUACACCAGGAAGUCUAUAGAACUAGUUAAACAUCGCUAUCCUUUCUUAUCAGAUAGGGACGCCAGAAGUUUAGCAGAAGAAGAAUUUAAUUACGCGGCAAAAAAAAUAUUCGUGGAGACUAUCUCACUUUGUCGAAGAAUGAGACCUUUUGCCAAAUGGGGGUUCUAUGGGUUUCCCUAUUGUAACUAUAACGCUGGCGAGACCGAAAAUCAUCAAUGUUCAAAGAAAUAUGAAAAUUUCAAUAAUGAAUUGUUCCCGAUUUUUACGGCCGGAAACGCAUUAUUCCCAUCUAUUUAUUUAGAUAUGAAAAAGAAUGAAAAUAGAGGAUAUGUCAUGGCAGUGUUAAGAGAGGCGUUGAGAAUAAGUGGGAAUGCCGCGGAACGGCUUCCAAUCUAUGCUUAUACCAAGUUCGAAUACAAACCUUAUGAAAACUUUGACUCUUUCUAUACAAAGGAAGAUGUAUGCAAUACAAUAAAACAAUCUGCCGAUAUGGGGGCUGAUGGUCUGGUCCUUUGGAGCACCAGUGCUAAUAUGGUUCAACGUUGCACUUAUCUAGCCAACUAUAUAACUAACGAGUUAGGGCCGAUCGUUGAACUCAUACGGAAGAGAAUCGAACGUUGUAGAAGUCUGAGAUGUUCUAGUAAUGGAAAAUGUGUCACAGAUCAAAUGGUCGCUAAAUGUUCUGUUCGUGUGAAUCCUCAAAUAUACUCAUGCCAAUGUGAUCAGCAUUAUUACGGCGACUCAUGUCAGCAUCAUAGAGGAUAUAAUUUCCUUUAUAGAAAGGAAGAGGAAUCCGAACCAUCUGAAACGGUGCUGAAUGACGGUCUGUUCUAUUACCUGGAGCAUGACUCUUUAGGUAUCACCGAGGCUCCAUUGCAGCUUGUAGGCUUUAUUUUCUACUUCGUGAUAUAUCACCUCGCCCAAUCUUCGGAAGACCAUUUGGAAGGCUUUUCCAAAUUACUUAUUGAACAGUUUGAAUUACAAUCUCGCGUAGCAUUAGUUGAUGAGGAGCUGCAGUCUCUUCGAGAAGAGGUUGAGAUAAAAAAUGAGGAUCCUGUCAGCCUCCUUGACACAGCUAAAAAUGGAUUGGAGAAAGUAUUUAACACAAGGAUAGAAGUUCUGCAGGAUCUGGUGAAUGCAGCUGAAGCAGCAGCGCAAGAAUAUAUUCAUGAUACCCCAGAAAUGGAAUUUCAUACUCCAUUAGAUGAAAUCUCGUGUGAAAAUGAGAUAAGAAGAAUGAACGAAUCUGACGUUCGUAUUCCCGCUAAUCGGGGACGGAGUAAGUCAGGGACUCACGUUAAUAUUGAGAGUUAUCAAUGCGAUGCUCGUGUUCGACGGGAUUUCGCAUGGACAGGCAGUAGAGUGGUUGAGGAUGUAAUGCGAAAAAACAAAGAUAAAUACCCGGAAAUGGGACAUCAGUUCAUAGGGACUUAUAGCGGUCUGACCAGAAUGUAUCCUUGGAGACAUUGGGAAACGGAACCAUCUCAGAUAACUAUAGACCUAUAUGAUCCUAAGUUUCGUCCAUGGUUUGUGAACGCAGAAACGACACCCAAAGAUAUCAUAUUUUUAAUAGACUAUUCCGGAAGUGUCAAAGGUCCAACCAUGCAUCUCAUAAAAAUAACUAUGAUGUACGUUAUGUCAACUUUAACUCCGAACGAUCAUUUUUAUGGAGUUUACUUCAAUUCUCAUUUCGGGCCAAUUCUAAAUUGCCACAAUACAACAUUCAUACCAGCAACUACAGCGAACAAAAGAGUUUUUUUCGAAAGGUUAGGACAAUUAGAAGAACGAGAUCAAGCUCAUCUGGAAGCUCCUUUAAAAUUUUCAUUAGAUGUCUUACGUGAUAAUUUGGAGACGAAUUCUUCUUUAUUCAUCAAUUCACGGUCCGGUGGCCAUAAGCUCAUUAUGCUUUUCACUGAUGGAGUUGAUGAAUGGCCUAGUGAAGCUCUAGAAGAAGAAAUCAGCAUCCGGGGUGAAGAUCCAGUUCGUAUAUUUGGAUUCUCUAUGGGAUACGGAACUGGCCAGUUACCAUUGUUGAACUACCUGGCUUGUAAAACAUUCGCUUCAUACUCGGUCGUGGACUCUAUCAUGGAUGUCAAGCCUCAAUCUCGAUCUUUUCUUGAUUUUUUGAGCGAAGAGCACUCACGUUAUUUGAAAAAUAUACCUGUAAAUGAACGUCAAAUCAGCUGGACAAAUCUUUAUAUGGAAGCACAAGGUAUGGGACCCAGUAUCACAUUGUCCUUGCCAGUCUUGAAUAAGAAACGCAAUUUGAUCUGGUCGAACCAUGGCAUGGCUGGAGUUGCAGGUCUCGAUAUAUCUCUAGCGGAAAUAACUAAGUUUUUGCCAACUGGUGAGAAAGUAUAUGGCUAUGUAGUUGACCACAACGGGAUCUUAUUAUACCAUCGUAAUCUCAUACUACCAAAAACAGAAGUUCAUUGCAUCCGACGCAGCGCUUGUUACGAUGCAAGUCAAGUGAGAUCAAAAGCUGGCUCUGGUCUUCGGGUUCAAUAUGGCUUCAGCGAUCAGCGUGUUUAUCGUUUAGUAGGAUUGAUUGAUAGUAUACCUACUAUCGAUAUGUUCGAAUUGGAAGGAUCAUCAGAAGCAAUGAAGAAGUUACGGAGUUUGGUUUUGAAACAUUCAUGUAGCGGAGACAAGAUCCUUGACGGGAAUAGAGAGUUCUAUUGUGAAUCUGUAUCAAACACUCCUUUCACGGUUGUUAUCGUGAACACAUUAGAUCAAGAUACGCUAACUUUGAGCUCUGCGAUUUCGAAAUUUUUAGUAGGACAAAGCCCGCUAGUUUCCUACUUUCUGUCAAAAAGAGAUAUUUGUAAUUGGAUGUUGGAUCGUAUUUCUCCGGAACUGAGAUUCUCAGCUCUUCUUGAGCUGGACUGCUUGCAGGAUUUGUCAUUAACUAAAGGAUUGGUUAACUCAGUUCAUAAAUGGGCUAGCUCUUGGCCAUCGAGAGAAAUAACCUCGAAUACAUCAUGUGAAGAGAUCAGCCUACCAGUUGGUUUCGAUUCACGUUUUUUCAUCAACUCUUUUGUCCAUUCUCGCGCUCAAAUAAGCACAUUCUUUCCACGAUGCUCUGCCUUGACGAUGAAAGCAGUUACAGCUAAAUUUGAUAAAGAACGAUAUAUCAAAGAUCCGUCUUCCAAUUUGCAAAUGACAAUUAGGAAUAAUAUCAUAUUGGCUUACAAGUCUUUAACGGAUCAAAAUCAAAACAGACUAGCUGUUGUUGGUGUUCAAUGGAAGCCUGACUAUGUAGACUCUCUCUUCCGCAAUUGGACUUCUUCGAAAAUGGAUUGGUUGGCAAAGUGCAAGCGUAAGGACUGUUUGAUUGUUACUAGGUCAGGGUUUGUUGUGGCAUCAUCGACACGUAAACGGUUGAACCAUCUGGCAGUUUUCGAUCCUCAGCUGUUCAGUACUUUGGUGGAUCAUAACUUAGUCAAUGUAACGAUAUCAUAUGAUGCUCAAGGAGAAUGUCCAGUAAAGAAAGUAGCGCCUUGGAGCAGCUCGUCCAACUCUCAUCGUGGAGUUUUUCGAACUUUUCUAGACUUAGUUGUUUUAUUCGUGAAAAAAACGUUUUGGUUCGACGUAUUUUUCAUGUCCAAAAACUCUCGAGUAGUAGCUCAACCAUCCAUGAGUGGUGGCAUCUGUCGCUUCCAGAGAAUUAAACCCAUUGAGAGAUGUAUACUACGAAAUGUGCAUUACAGUCUAUCUCUAAACAUAUCUAAACAAAUGCAAUUAUCCAACUUGAAAUGUUCGAGAUACGCUCGUUUGUUUUCCAUUGCUAAUACACACUUGACUCUUGUAGAAGUUGAUAGAUCCUGUCCAGGAUUCCGGGGGGCGAAAAGGAACUAUCCUGUUGAGCCUGAGAAAAUGGAAAGCUGCGAUAAAAUUGGGAACUUCGAGGGGCGAAAACCAAAACCCUAUAAUAUUUCCAUAUCUCAACUUGAUUUCACUGCUGAAUGUGCUGGUAAUAGUGCUUACCCAAACAAAUUCACUUUGGCUCUUGGAGCUGCCUUAUUCUCAAUAUUGUUUUAA